CCGAGGCCAGAGCCAGGCGGCCGCCGGGGCGCCAGGCACGGAGCGGCAUCCUGCUCCCCGCAGGUGCCAGCAUGUCGGUGAGGCUGCGGUUCCUGUCGCCCGGGGACUCGGGGACGGUGGUCUACGGCACCGUGAGCCGCAGCUGCUCCUUUGCCGGCUUCGGUGGCACCCAGAGUCGGAGGAGCUCGAAGUCCACCAGCCGGAACUCCGUGAGAUCGCGCAUGCUCACACGGUCCUCCAAGGUGUACGGCACGCUGCGCCGGGGUGCGGCCGGCCCGGAUCCCCGGCCCCAGCAGGUGAAAAGGAUCUUCGAGGCUCUGAAGAGAGGCCUCAGGGAGCACCUGUGUGUGCAGCAGGCCGAGCUGGACGCGCUGUGCGGCCGCCACGGGGACACCCGGAGGAACUCCAGGCUGGCUUUCUAUUACGACCUGGACAAGCAGACGCGCUCGGUGGAGAGGUACAUCCGGAAGAUGGAGUUCUACAUCAGCAAGGUGGACGAGCUCUACGAGGGCUACUGCAUCCAGCAGCGCCUGCGGGACGGCGCCUCCAACAUGCAGCGGGCCUUCUCCUGCGGCCCCCUGAGCCGCGCGUCCCGGGACAGCCUGCAGGAGCUGGGCCGCAGCUUGCUGGAGUGCACCGAGGACAUGUGGCUCAUCGAGGCGGCCCUGGAGGUCCACCUGGGUGAGUUUGUCGUCCGGAUGAAAGGCUUGGUGGGCUACGCGCGCCUCUGUCCUGGAGACCAGUAUGAGGUGCUCAUGCGUCUGGGCCGCCAGCGCUGGAAGCUGAAGGGCCGGAUCGAGUCGGAUGACAGCCAGACCUGGGACGAGGAGGAGAAGGCCUUUGUGCCCAUGGUGCAUGAGAGCCUGGACAUUAAGGUGACAGAGCAGCGGGGCCUGAGCUCCCUGGCGGUGGGCGCUGUGUCCUGUGACACGGCCGACUUCUUCACGACCCGGCCGCAGGUCAUUGUGGUGGACAUCACUGAGCUGGGCACCGUCAAGCUGCAGCUGGAGGUGUUGUGGAACCCCUUCAGCUCAGAGGGCACCUUGGUGUCGCCCAGCUCCGUGGGCAAGUAUUCUCUGGGCAGCAGGAAGGGCUCGGUGUACAGCUGGACGCCCCCAAGCACCCCCAGCUUCCGGGAAAGAUACUACCUGCCACUGGCGCUGCUGGGCACACCCCGGACCACCUCCGUCUUCAGCCCCCUGUCCAACGGUGGCCUCCGGGGCCCGGGCCUGCGCAGCCAGAGCCAGGAGCCACUGGAGAUGGACUCCUUCAGCUCCGAGGACCCCCGAGAGGAGGCCCCCACGUCGGCGUCCACCUUGGACGUGGGCUUCCUGCCCUCGGGCAUCAGCCCUGCCCCCUCCGUGGAGGAGGCCGGGGCCGCCCCCCUGCCCCUGGGCCUGCUGCCCGAGCUGGCCGGCCCGCCCCGGGGCCCCGGCCUGCGGCGGCCUGGCUGGAGCAAGCCGGGGGUGGACGGCCGCCCCCCCCCGCCCCGGGGCCUCCGGUUCCACAGCCCCGGCCUCCCACCAAGCCAGAAGGGGCAGGAGGAAGAAGACGGGGACCGAGAGGACAGGCCCGCAGGGGCCCCCGCAAGACCCCUGAAGGAGGUGCUGGAGCUGCUGCGGUCCACGGGCCCCGCGCAGCCGCAGCUCCGCGAGCUGGAGUACCAGGUCCUGGGCUUCAGGGACCGGCUGAAGCCCUGGGCCGCGCGGCGGGCCUCGGCCGAGAGCCUGAUGGACUGCAUCCUCCAGAGCUUCGCCUUCCUGCAGGCCCACCUGGCCCCGGAGGAGCUGGCGCUCUUCGCGGGCGCCCAGGGCGCCGGGUGAGUGCGCGCCGCCCUCCGGACCCCGCGCCCCGCGCCCCCUCCCGCAUCGCUCAGCACGUCGGGGGAGCUCACUGCCGGGGACCCCGAGCUGGAUGGGGAGCUCACGGCCGGGGACCCCGAGCUCGACGUGCUUCUCACCGUCCACCUCCACGUCUGCAAGGCCCUGUUGCAGAAACUCGCCUCCCCUAACUUGUCGGCACUGGUCCACGACUACCUUCUGGAAGAAGCGGAGCAGCAGAGGCAGGUCCUGGAGGUGCUUGCUGACCUUGACUUUGAGAAGGUCGGCAAGGCCAUGAGUGUGGAAGAGAUCAUCCCGCAGGCCUGGUGCCGGAAGGACUGGUUGCUGCUGUGGCGGGGCUGCACGCAGCCUGGCCAUGUGCUGUCCUGCCCGGCUCUCACGCUCCUGAGCCAGCUCAAGAAGACCGUCCUGCCCCGAGUGCGCGUGCGCGGAAAGUACCCGGGACAGCUGGAGAUAGUGUGCCACAGGCUCUUGGAGCAGGUGGUCAGCUGCAGUGGGCUGCUGCCCACGGCCGGCCUCCCGGAGGAGUGCACAAUCACUUGGUUCCAGUUCCACAGCUACCUGCGGAGGCAGCGUGUCUCCGAGCUGGACAAGCACCUGGCCCAGCUCACCAAGGAAGUGGUGCUGGUGGAGGAGCUGCGCUGGGCAGGGCAGGCCCGGGCCCUCCGGAAGCUGCAGGGCAAGCGGCUGGGCCGGCUCCAGCCCCUGCCCCAGACCCUGCGCGCCUGGGCCCUGCUGCAGCUGGACGGGCGCCCAAAGCUGUGCCGGGCGGCCAGGGCACGCCUGGCCGGGGCCGCCGCCAACAGAAGCUUCCGGGAAAAGGCUCUGAUCUUCUACACCAAUGCCCUGGCUGACAGAGACCCGAAGCUCCAGCAGGCUGCGUGUGUGGCGCUCCAGCAGCUCAGGGGCACGGAGAGUGUGGAUCAGAUUGCCAGCCUGUGCCAGUCAGACCUGGAGGCCGUACGAGCAGCGGCGCGGGAAGCCACGCUGUCCUUCGGAGAGAAAGGGCGCUGGGCUUUCGAGAAGAUGGACAAGCUCCGCUCACUGCAGGGAGGACUCUGCAACCAGGAGGCCGAGGUGGAGAUCACGGUCUUUUAAAGGUCUUGGCUGGUGUGGCUUCCUUGCCGCCAUCCGGUCUCCACCCAGGGCCUGGUCAGGGUAGCUGGCUGGUAGCAAGUCCCAGGGCACGAAUGGAGCUUUUUGUGGAGCAGGAAAAGGGGUGCCCACGGUGCCUCCGAAGUAGCUGGCUUCAGCAAGUCCUGGAUGCUUUUGCCUCUCUGCAUGUGUGUGGCUUGCCAGGUGCCAGGGCCAGGCUGGUGGAGAUCUGCAUAAAGACGCCAAGGCAGAGCAUGUGGAGCACCAGCCUUCCUGCAUGCCACGGCUCGGGGCUGCCUGCUUGUAUUAAGCCGGGCCGGGCCCGCCGGCCACCCCCAGUCUACGAUGCUUCGGUGGCUCGAGUGGCUUCAACAGCAGCCAACUGUCCCCUUGGAGAGCCGGGGUGGGGGUGUGAAGCCAAGGUCCUGGGGUCUGUACAAGCCACACUGCAGCCAGGCUAUGGCCCAAACGCCAGUGAAGUGUGACGGCAGCGCGAAGAUGGAAGACAUGACAAGGACGAGGGGCCUGGGCUUCGCAGGCGGGGACCGGCUUGAUUCUGGCGCCUUUGAACACACAGGCCAACACCGCCGCCACAUGGCUGAGGCUGGCUAAAGAAACCCAGGGCUCCAAGAGCCAGCACUGGUUUGCAAGACUUUGCCAGAGCGUAGCUUUUUCUUGCCUUCUAUUUAUUUAUUGGCAGUACCAGGGAUUGAAUGGUCCGGGGCCCGGUGCUUGCUGGGCGGGCUCUCUAGCACUCAGGCUACCUCACGCCAGACUGUAGCUUUAAAGAAACACCAUUCCCAGUAAAUGUAUUUUUUUAAUGAUAAAGCCAUGUCAUGUCCCGCAGCGUCUGUUCACCAUGCGGAGCCAGCCUGGGCUGGGAUGGCUGCUCCCCAUGGCGUGGCUGAGCUUUGCAACAUUUUCAUUUUUCUGCUUCUAUGUGCCAUGUACUGUGUUCUGCUUUAAUAUUUAUUUGCU